GGUACAGAAAUUCCCCCCUCCCCUCGGCUCCCAGCCAGCCGAAGGGGUCCCCGGUCAGGUCAGAGAUCCUCAUCAGGCGUCCCCACCCUGGCCAAAGAUCUCUCGCUGGGCAAGACCAGAGAUCUUGUGGGUGGGGGCAGCAUUUUGCCAGGAGGGGAUGUGUUUUCAUGGGAAGCGCUGCGGGGUUUUGGCCAGGUGAGGGGGUCCAAGUGGUGCUGUCAGGUUGGGCUGCGUGGGGUCGGAGCCAGAUACUGUGGUUCCUGAGCAGCGACAGUUAAAGGUUUGUCACCUCUGUGUUGCUGGAGCUGGGGUGUGAUGGGGUAGUCUGUAGCACAGCUUGGUUUGUUCUCGCUGUGGGAAGGUUGGCAACCUCCAGACAGGGCCAAAUCCUGGUCCCAGUACUGGUUUCAGGGAGCCCCUGCCCUCCACUGGGGGUAGCUGUGGGGAAGCAGGGUGUUGGGUUGACCCUUGGUGGGGAGAAUGGACAGGCUAGCUCUUGGCUCUCCUGCCUGUUGCUCGCCCCAGGGUCUCCUGCAGCCCCCCCGCCACUUAGGGAGGGUAAAUGGGGAGGUGGGUGUGGGCUGGGGGCAGAGCAUCCCCCAGCACCUGCGUGGGCUGGGUGCUGCUGGCGUCUCUGCUUGUAGGAGCUGGUAUAGAAAUGUGCUGGCAUCUGGGAGCUGCCACAGGAGAUGCUGUCAGAUGCUCUUUAUGCCCCCAGGGACCUCCUCCCACCUAUUUUGUGCCCCCUGAGCUGCUGUACAGUGUUUGCAGAUGCCCGUAUCUCCCCUCACUGGGUCCUUCAGGGGUACCUUAGCCCCCCUCCCCAUCUACAGCAAAGCACCUGCUUCAUGGCUGGAGCAAAAAAAGAGCAGAAGUUGGUGGUUUGGAAGGAGGUGGCCAAAUGUGGGGCCGAUUUCCAAGCCCCUGUAGGUGGUCAUUGCCCAAGGCAUGACCCAAGGCAAGUGUUGGAUGCUUGAUGUGGCUGCCAGGGGCUCAGUGUAGCACCCAGGCAAGGAUCCUAGCGGAGCAUAGCCACCCUUGGUUGACCUGUGGUGGCUGGGGGGUCCCUCUGUGACUUCCAGUGGGAGGUCAUGGAUAGAAUAAGGAUGGGGAGAACAUGUGGUAGCUUGUAUGAUGGUGAAAAAAAGGGCCAAGGCUCACACCCUAUGCCAAAAUCCAUCUGCUGGAGGGGCACAGUGAGUUGAGGUGGCUCAGGUGUAUUUGGAGCAAGGAUGGGGUGAAACCUGGACUGUAACAGGGAGCACAAUAUGAGCAGUGGGAGUGCAGGUCUGCUGGGGCAGCACCUGGGGAGCAGGGUCAGCACUGAGUGUGAGAGGGGCCAGGCAGGACCCUGAGGUUCAGGGUAUCAAGUGUUUGCUGUCAGAUAGCCAAAAGUCGAGGAGCACUGGGAAACAUCUGUGAAGAAGCGUGGGACUUGUUAGCUUUUUCCUGGAGGAGCAGCCCUGCCAUCUCUCCUGGCUGCUCCCUGGGUGGCUGCAACUCCAGCGGUGGGGGAUGAAUUACAGCCACCGGGUUUUCCAUGCCUUAGUAUAGGCAUGGGCAUGGCCUCGGCCCCCGCACGAUGGAGCGAGUGAGCCCUGAGUUCCUGGCUUACUGCAAGAUCCAGUUGGAGGCUCUCAGGGAGUGCAAGUCAGGCUAGAAAGUGUUGGGUUUUUUUUAAACAAAAAAAGAAAAAAGCCCUCCCACCAUCACAAGAUGUUUCUGUCUAACGGCUCCGUUCUCUCUCCGCUAAAUACAAAUUAUGGCUCUGACAGCCGGAGGCGCUUAUCAGCUGAAUUCCAAUUGCUUUCAGGAACAAAAUGUUUGAAGUUCCUUUAAGGUGAAGGCACAGCGUGGUCCCUGCCACUGCUUUCAGCCUCCAAAACCUGCUGUCAUCACCCUGACUUGGGUCUCAGGUCCCCAGCUGGGAGAGAACAAGGAAUAAGUAUUCGGCUCCCGGCAGCGUUGCCGUCAUGGGGAAGGACUAUUACAAGAUUUUGGGCAUCCAGAGUGGCGCCAAUGAAGAUGAAAUCAAGAAGGCUUAUCGGAAAAUGGCCCUGAAAUAUCACCCCGAUAAGAAUAAAGACCCCAACGCUGAGGAGAAGUUCAAGGAGAUUGCAGAGGCUUAUGAUGUCCUGAGUGACCCCAAGAAACGAGCUGUAUACGACCAGUACGGAGAGGAAGGCCUCAAAACUGGAGGUGGCUCUUCAGGUGGCUCAGGGAGCACCUUCCACUACACUUUCCAUGGAGACCCCCAUGCCACCUUUGCGUCCUUCUUCGGAGGCUCCAACCCUUUCGACAUCUUCUUCGCCAGCAGUCGCUCCCGGAUGUUCAAUGGCUUUGACCAGGAAGACAUGGAUAUGGAUGACGACGAUGACCCUUUCAGUGCCUUUGGCCGGUUUGGCUUCAAUGGCAUUAAUGGGGUUCACCGGCGGCACCAGGAGUCCCUGCACACGCGGAGGAAGGUCCAAGACCCACCUGUCAUCCAUGAGCUCAAGGUGUCCCUGGAAGAGAUCUACCACGGAUCCACCAAGAGGAUGAAGAUCACUCGCAGAAGGCUCAAUGCUGAUGGCCGGACCAUGCGGACUGAGGACAAGAUCCUAAACAUUGUCAUCAAGCGGGGUUGGAAGGAGGGAACCAAAAUCACAUUCCCCAAAGAAGGGGAUGCCACUCCAGACAACAUCCCUGCAGACAUUGUCUUCAUCCUCAAGGACAAGCCUCAUUCGCACUUCAAGAGGGACGGGACGAAUGUGAUCUACACGGCAAACAUCAGUCUUAAAGAGGCCUUGUGCGGCUGCACCGUGAACAUUCCCACCAUCGAUGGACGGGUGAUCCCACUUCCCUGCAACGACAUCAUCAAGCCGGGGACAGUGAAGAGACUACGUGGGGAGGGGCUGCCCUUCCCCAAGGCCCCCAGCCAGCGAGGAGACUUGAUCGUGGAGUUCAAAAUCCGCUUCCCGGACAGAAUAGCUCCCCAGACGAGACAGAUCCUUAAGCAGCACCUCCCAUGCUCCUAGAGCCCAGGGACUCUCCUCCAAAGCAGCAAUACUCCAAACGCAUGUGCCGCAGCACCUGGCCCACACAGAGCCAAGGUGCCACAGCACUUUUAAAUGCAAAAAAAAAAAAAAAUCCAACCCCUCACACUACUUUUCUCCCUCAAAAAACCCACCCGACCCACCCCCUAUCCAUCCUUCUUGGCCGGUUUUUUACUCCAACAAUGGGGAGACUCCUGUCUGCCACAGCUCUCCCAGCUGCCACACCUUUUCUUUCUCCCCAGAGGUCCAUCUUUUCUGCCUCGCGUGAGCGGGAGCCGUGGGCCCUUUGCCCGGGGAGGUGCGUCGUGUUGUGGGUUUUUUAUGUCACCUGCUUUUCAGGCCACUCUUCCCACAAGAAGCUGGACUUGUCGGGGUCCGGCGCAGUGUAAAUAGGACUCCGCAGGAUCUGGCAUCCCCGCUGCUGGUUUUUCUCUUCCCCUCUUUGAUACUUGCUGCUGUUUGGGGUCCCGGCUGAACCGCGGUGCCAAUCACUCCUGCCUGCGGUGGCCCCCCCAGUAGCCGGACAAUUUCUCACCUGGGGCCAUGGUACCAAGUCCAACCGUGGUCCUCUCUGCUGUGCCAAGCCUACACCGAGCCUCGGCUGUGCCAAACAACGGAGCACGUGGGGAUGGUCCAUCCAGCCUCCUGCCCCUGCCCGGGGAUGUCCCCAGUGCCCGUGGGCAGCACUUGCCUGCACCUGCUGCCCACAGGCCCCCAGCCAGCAGGAGGAGGGGGGAAAGCCCAGGGUGGAGCUUUCUUUUUUCAGAUGUGUUGAGUUUGCAUUGCUGCUUUUAUUUUUUAAAUACAUAUAUAUAGAGCUUAUUAGAUAAACUUCGUAAGGGUUUUUCUCUGCCUGUAUUGGGGAUACUGGCCUGACGCACCCAGGCUUUUUUUGAAAGGGGGAUGAUUCAGCCACACGAACAGCAAACCCUUGGAGUGGGGUUGUGUGUGCGUGUAGCACUAAUCUGGGUGCAAAAGCAGAGCCAAGCGUGAGCAGAGCUGUGGGUUUCACUAGUGUUUCAGGUCAAAUUAGGGAUUCUAAUAAGAAGAGAGAGGCGUGUGUAUAUAUUUUUCUACAGGGACAAUUCAUUCAGGAGGUGUUUCUGGACAUCAGGGCGGAGCUGGGAGGUGCAUGAGGCAGUCUGUUUAGUGGCUCCAUUUUCAAAUACUGUAUUUUUUUAAAACAUUUGGAUUUCCAUCAGGAGAAUUUUUAUAUUUCUUACCUUUCUCGGCCCACUCUGCCUCAGGCCAGUUUUUUUUCCCAGGAAAGGGCUGCUAUGGAGCAGGAGGCGCGUUCGACCUGGCUUUGUACAGCUCUUUUUUGACCACAGCACCACCAAGAAAACCCCUGCCAAAAUAUUCCCCCCCACUCCAGGAAUCCUUUUUUUUUUUUUUUUUUUUUUAAUUUCUU